AUGGUCAGGGCUUUCAAAAAAAGCGUCCGCAGGCAAAUUCUGCUACGAAUGGCCCCCCGCUUCUGGUCCUUUGCGCUCUGCCUUGCUGUUCUUGCAGAGUAUCCACCUUGCGCGGCCUUACGCGAUGAUUCUCAGAUAACCGCUUCAAAUGAAGAACAGAAAAAUGGAGGUAGUGUCUUUCCUGCCACCAGAGAAGGCGUCGAGGACCCUUUUCCGGAGCACGUUGACAUGCCCAGGAGAUCCAGUGGCCCUCUGCGCCACGUAUCUGCAGGUCCUGGAAGAGCCCGUGGCAGCAUUGUCCAUCCUGGAGACGAAUACAAGCAACACAUAGAAGAAAAUUCCUCUGAGACUGCUGUUGUGUCCCCUGAAAAGCUUCCAGCUUGGAGGAGGAGCCUCCGCAACGGCGAAUCUUCAGUUUUGCCGAGCAGGACUCGCGCGCUAUCGCAAACUGAGAGUGGUGAACACAACGGGGGUGGCUCUCCACUACUGCAUGAAAAUGAAGACGAAUGGGAGGCGGGAGACAGUUUGUCAUCGGAGGCCUCUUCUUUCCGAUCAGGAAGGCUGGAAUUUUCACGGGAGGCUCCCUUGAGCACGUCGCUUGACAGCGAGCCCGAAGAGGGCAUCAGUGCGUAUCCAGAUGAGACACAGAAACGCGAAAUCUCGUCUGUGGAUGCAAGUGCUGAUACGCGGAUAGUUUUUGAAAUGAGACGCGGAAACAAAGGUCUGGGCGGCAGCAUAUCUAUCCCGUCGCCCCUGGCUCACAGCUUGCUGUAUCGAACGAGGGAUAUAGCAAAUCCCCUUAACUUUGCCAACUUCCUUGCAGAGGGCCAAGAAUGGCUCAUUCCAGGUACAGGGAGCCUGUGGGAGGGCCUUGGACGCCAUGUGGAUUCACUUUUUUCGGGGCUGUUCUUGAAGACAGCCAGCAUUUUACCAAACUAUAAGCGCAACGUGAUUAUUUGCUAUAAAGAGUACAAGCCUUCAAUGUGGAUUGAAAUGUUCGGCCAAAGAAAUCAAUUUCUUAGGCAAUUGGCCUCGCUUUUUCAAGGCACGCAUCGCAUGCAAUCUGUUUAUCUUCGAAAUCUCGGGAUGGAGAUAUUUGAAGUGCCUCCUUUGUGGCGAGUUCGUGAAUUCAUUGCCACGGUUCUGAAGCUGGAUAAUUACGUGAGCCACGUAUACACAGACCACCUGGUAAGUGACUUCGACGACGAAGUUCAAGUGCCUCUUCCGGAUGAUUCAUCCCAAGAAGAAAUAGCUUCAAAGCCUUUCGAUCAUCGUCAACGUGAUACCAGAAAUGCAACUAAUGGUGGGCAUACAGCGCGCCAAUAUAAGGCACCGAACCGCCGGUUGGAAGUUAUGACGAAUGACCCCUUUACUUGGCAGCAAUGGGCUAUUGUAGACAGCGGUCCUACCAGAUGGGGAAUCGAAGCCCCCAACGCGUGGGAGGUCUGGACAGGCCAGGGGCUGAAGCCGCGAUUCACAGUUGCCGUGAUAGACAGCGGUGUCGACUACGAGCACCCAGACUUACAGAAUCAGAUAUGGCGGAACCCAGAUGAAAUAUGUGGAAACGGCAUAGACGAUGACUUUAAUGGGUUUGUGGAUGACUGCAUAGGCUGGGAUUUUGUAAAGGGGACCAACUUACCUAUGGAUGAUAACGGUCACGGCACCGCUUCCGCAGGAAUCAUCGCCGCUGAGCCAAAUAACGGAAUAGGGCUCACUGGGGUUUGUUGGGGCUGUGAUAUCUUGGUACUAAAAGCACUAAAUGAGGACAUAAAGGGAACCAUAAGUGCAUUUGCCAGAUCACUGGACUAUGCUAUUGGAAAGGGAAUUAUGCUGUCAAACAACAGCUAUGGGGGAAGAGGCAGCGGAUUUAGAGGGCUUCAAGAGGCUGUACAACGAGCCCGGCAGGCAGGAAUGAUUGUUGUCGCCGCUGCAGGGAACUACAACGGCAAUAACGAUAACGACAAGCAGCCCGUUUUCCCGGCAUCGUAUGAUCUAGACAACGUUGUCUCCGUUGCAGCCAUUAGCCGCAAUGGCCAGCUUGCACCAUUCAGUAGCUAUGGAAAAAGGCAAGUUGACGUCGCUGCUCCAGGGGCUAAUAUAAUGACGACUUCGGCCAGAAGAACCUACAGAUCUGUCAGUGGCACAAGCUUUGCUGUCCCUAUGGUGACGGGCACCAUUGCUCUCCUGUGGACACGCCGCCCGCAGUUGAAUUACCGCCAAGUCAUCCACCGUUUACUUCGAAGCGUGAAAAAGAAUCCUCACCUUGAAGGAAUGAUUGCAACAGGAGGAACUGUUGACGCCUGGAACACCCUAGCAAAAGAAGACAUACUAGACCCGUAUGCCGCCCUUCCCGUUCUUCCCAUGACAUGUGCUUCAGCUUCGUGCAGUCAAUACGCGACCUGUUCAGAUGCUCAAGGAACAGCGAAGUGUGGGAACCGCAUGGAAUGGGAUCUCUGGACCUGCCGCACAGUGUCUCAGAAUAAAUUCCCCAAAUCGGGGGCCUUGUACCCAUAA